AUGGUCGCCACGAAGACUGCCGUGAAGUUUGAGGACGCGUUAAGCCUGACAGGGUUCGGCAAAUACAACUUCCUGAUGAUGUUGGUACAUGUAAGUAUCAUCAUGGGAAUGGCGUUCGAGAUCGUCUCCGUGGCGUACUUGGUCCCCGCCAACGCCUGUGAACUGGACACUACGGUAUCUCAGCAAGGGUUCAUGGCCGGUACGCCUUUACUAGGUAUCAUAGCGACGUCCCACUUUUGGGGAUAUUUGGCUGACACUAAGGGAAGGAGAAGGAUUUUGGCGUGGUGUAUGUGCCUAGCAUUCCUAUUCGGCGCCUCAUCAGCGCUGUCUACAGACUGGAUCGUAUUUAGCAUUUUGAAAUUUUUGUCUUCCUGCUCUGUGGCGGGCACGUAUGCGCUGGGGCUCACACUGCUAAGCGAACUCACACCACAGCACAGGAGAUCAUUCAUGGUGUCGCUGACUACCACCAUAUAUUUGAGUGUCACGGGACUGAUGGCGGUGAUAUCAAUCCCGGUGCUGCACCUACAGUUCUCGCACCACAUGCCACUGCUCAACAUCGAGUUCUCUCCGUGGCGCCUGCUGUGCAUCGUGUUCGCCGCGCCCUGCGCGCUCGGGGCCGUCGGCAUGUACUUCUCCUACGAGAGCCCGCGGUACUUGCUCAGUGUCGGCGAGGAGCAGAAGGCCUUGGAGGUUCUGAAGGGCAUCUACCGGAUAAACACUGGAAAGAGUGCUGAUGACUAUGAUGUGACCUCGUUAGUUCUAGGCGAAGACACGGGCGCGCCGUCGAAGGGCUUCUGGUCGUCGAUGCUCUCUCAGACAGUCCCGCUGCUGAAGCCACCGCUUCUGAAGCAUACUUUACUAUUAUCUGUUUUGUUCAUGAUUUUCCACACUGGUUUCAAUCCAUACUUGACGUGGUUACCGUAUAUAAUUGACGGGAUCAUGAAGUCCGUAGUGAGAGGUGAAGAGAACUUGUCCUUCUGUGACAUGUUGAGGGCGAGUCACAACGAGACGGGAACUCAGACUAAAGACUGCAGUCUGAACAGCUCCGCCAUGGUGACGGUGUUCGGGGUCAGUGUCUUGAUCGCCGUGCUCAACAUCGUGCUCAGCGGCGUCAUCAACUGCGUCGGCAGGAAGUGCUUGUUGAUAUGCUUGCAGUUGACCACGGGCGUCGUGGGACUGUGCAUCAACUUCUCGAGCUCGUGGGUCGUGAGUUCGGUCCUGCUCGUGGUCUUCAUGUGCGGAGCGCUGAACUUCGGCUUCCUUUCCACCUUCAGUGUCGACAUCUUUCCUACUUACGUCAAGGCAAUGGCGGUCUGCCUCACUUUGAUGGUAGGGAGAGGCAGCUCCGUUCUCGGCAUCAACAUCCUCAAGCAGAUGUUAGUUUACGACUGUGAGCUUUCGUUCUACGUUUUUGGAGGACUCGUUUUUGCUGGAGGCGUCAUAGCGUUCCUCUUACCAGGGGACGCGACUGACUUCACAAAAGAAUCAAUGGAAACCUAGCGAAAUUAUCACUAAAACUAAUAGGUAUUAAAACUUUGUAUAAAAUAAGUCACUGUAACAAGUCCAUUAGUUUACGCUGUUAUGAUUUCAAAUAAAUGUAACAAAUUUUAUUUCA